AUGUUCCAGCUGCAGGCGGUCCCCAAUAGGGGUAAUCAUAACAAAGACGUUACAGACGUUACAGACGUUACAGACGUUACAGACGUUACAGACAGUACAGACGUUACAGACGUUACAGACGUUACAGACGUUACUGACGUUACAGACGUUACAGACGUUACUGACGUUACAGACGUUACAGACAGUACAGACGUUACAGACGUUAAAGACGUUACAGACGUUACAGACGUUACUGACGUUACAGACGUUACAGACAGUACAGACGGUACAGACGUUACAGACGUUACAGACGUUACAGACAGUACAGACGUUACAGACGUUACUGACGUUACAGACGUUACAGACGUUACAGACAGUACAGACGUUACAGACGUUACAGACAGUACAGACGUUACAGACGUUACAGACGUUACAGACGUUACAGACGUUACUGACGUUACAGACAGUACAGACGGUACAGACGUUACAGACAGUACAGACGUUACAGACGUUACUGACGUUACAGACGUUACAGACGUUACUGACGUUACAGACGGUACAGACGUUACUGACGUUACAGACGGUACAGACGUUACAGACAGUACAGACGUUACAGACGGUACAGACGUUACAGACGGUACAGACGGUACAGACGUUACAGACAGUACAGACGUUACAGACGUUACUGACGUUACAGACGGUACAGACGUUACUGACGUUACAGACGUUACAGACGUUACUGACGUUACAGACAGUACAGACGUUACAGACGUUACAGACGUUACAGACGUUACAGACGGUACAGACGUUACAGACAGUACAGACGUUACAGACGUUACUGACGUUACAGACGUUACAGACGUUACAGACGUUACAGACGUUACAGACGUUACAGACGUUACAGACGUUACAGACGUUACUGACGUUACAGACGUUACAGAUGGUACAGACGUUACAGACGUUACAGACGUUACAGACAGUACAGACGUUACAGACGUUACUGACGUUACAGACGUUACAGACGUUACAGAUGGUACAGACGUUACAGACGUUACAGACGUUACAGACGGUACAGACGGUACAGACGUUACAGACAGUACAGACGUUACAGACGGUACAGACCGUACAGACGUUACAGACGUUACAGACAGUACAGACGUUACAGACGUUACAGACGUUACUGACGUUACAGACGUUACAGACAGUACAGACGUUACAGACGGUACAGACGUUACUGACGUUACAGACGUUACAGACGUUACAGACGUUACAGACGUUACAGACGUUACAGACGGUACAGACGUUACUGACGUUACAGACGUUACAGACGUUACAGACGUUACAGACGUUACAGACGCUACAGACGCUACAGACGUUACAGACGUUACAGACGUUACAGACGUUACAGACGUUACAGACAGUACAGACGUUACAGACGGUACAGACGUUACAGACGUUACUGACGUUACAGACGUUACAGACGUUACAGACGUUACAGACGUUACAGACGUUACAGACGUUACAGAUGGUACAGACGUUACAGACGUUACAGACGUUACAGACAGUACAGACGUUACAGACGUUACAGACGUUACAGACGUUACAGACGUUACUGACGUUACAGACGUUACAGACGUUACAGACGGUACAGAAGUUACAGACGUUACAGACGUUACAGACGGUACAGACGUUACAGACAGUACAGACGUUACAGACGGUACAGACCGUACAGACGUUACAGACGUUACAGACGUUACAGACGUUACAGACAGUACAGACGUUACAGACGGUACAGACGUUACAAACGUUACAGACGUUACAGACGUUACAGACGUUACAGACAGUACAGACGUUACAGACGUUACAGACGUUACAGACGUUACAGACGUUACAGACGUUACAGACAGUACAGACGUUACAGACGGUACAGACGGUACAGACGUUACAGACAGUACAGACGUUACAGACGUUACUGACGUUACAGACGGUACAGACGUUACUGACGUUACAGACGUUACAGACGUUACUGACGUUACAGACAGUACAGACGUUACAGACGUUACAGACGUUACAGACGUUACAGACGGUACAGACGUUACAGACAGUACAGACGUUACAGACGUUACAGACGUUACAGACGUUACAGACGUUACAGACGUUACAGACGUUACUGACGUUACAGACGUUACAGAUGGUACAGACGUUACAGACGUUACAGACGUUACAGACAGUACAGACGUUACAGACGUUACUGACGUUACAGACGUUACAGACGUUACAGAUGGUACAGACGUUACAGACGUUACAGACGUUACAGACAGUACAGACGUUACAGACGUUACUGACGUUACAGACGUUACAGAUGGUACAGACGUUACAGACGUUACAGACGUUACAGACGUUACAGACAGUACAGACGUUACAGACGUUACUGACGUUACAGACGUUACAGACGUUACAGAUGGUACAGACGUUACAGACGUUACAGACGUUACAGACAGUACAGACGUUACAGACGUUACUGACGUUACAGACGUUACAGAUGGUACAGACGUUACAGACGUUACAGACGUUACAGACAGUACAGACGUUACAGACGUUACUGACGUUACAGACGUUACAGACGUUACAGAUGGUACAGACGUUACAGACGGUACAGACGUUACAGACAGUACAGACGUUACAGACGGUACAGACCGUACAGACGUUACAGACGUUACAGACAGUACAGACGUUACAGACGUUACAGACGUUACUGACGUUACAGACGUUACAGACAGUACAGACGUUACAGACGGUACAGACGUUACAGACGUUACUGACGUUACAGACGUUACAGACGUUACAGACGUUACAGACGUUACAGACGGUACAGACGUUACUGACGUUACAGACGUUACAGACGUUACAGACGUUACAGACGUUACAGACGCUACAGACGUUACAGACGUUACAGACGUUACAGACGUUACAGACGUUACAGACAGUACAGACGUUACAGACGGUACAGACGUUACAGACGUUACUGACGUUACAGACGUUACAGACGUUACAGACGUUACAGACGUUACAGACGUUACAGACGUUACAGAUGACGUUACAGACGUUACAGACGGUACAGACGUUACAGACGUUACAGACGUUACAGACGGUACAGACGUUACAGACAGUACAGACGUUACAGACGGUACAGACCGUACAGACGUUACAGACGUUACAGACGUUACAGACGUUACAGACGUUACAGACAGUACAGACGUUACAGACGGUACAGACGUUACAGACGGUACAGACGUUACAAACGUUACAGACGUUACAGACGUUACAGACGUUACAGACAGUACAGACGUUACAGACGUUACAGACGUUACAGACGUUACAGACGUUACAGACGUUACAGACAGUACAGACGUUACAGACGGUACAGACGUUACAGACGUUACAGACGUUACAGACGGUACAGACGUUACAGACGGUACAGACGUUACAGACGGUACAGACGUUACAGACGUUACAGACGUUACUGACGUUACAGACGUUACAGACGGUACAGACGUUACAGACGUUACAGACGUUACUGACGUUACAGACGUUACAGACGUUACAGACGUUACAGACGUUACAGACGGUACAGACGUUACAGACAGUACAGACGUUACAGACGUUACUGACGUUACAGACGUUACAGACGUUACAGACAGUACAGACGUUACAGACAGUACAGACGUUACAGACAGUACAGACGUUACAGACGUUACAGACGUUACAGACGUUACAGACGGUACAGACGUUACAGACGUUACAGACGUUACAGACGGUACAGACGUUACAGACGUUACAGACGUUACAGACGUUACAGACAGUACAGACGUUACAGACGGUACAGACGUUACAGACGGUACAGACGUUACAGACGUUACAGAAGUUACAGACGUUACAGACGUUACAGACAGUACAGACGUUACAGACGUUACAGACGUUACAGACGUUACAGACGGUACAGACGUUACAGACGUUACAGACGUUACAGACGGUACAGACGUUACAGACGUUACAGACGUUACAGACGUUACAGACAGUACAGACGUUACAGACGGUACAGACGUUACAGACGGUACAGACGUUACAGACGUUACAGACGUUACAGACGUUACAGACGUUACAGAAGUUACAGACAGUACAGACGCUACAGACGUUACAGACGUUACAGACGGCUCGUUGACACCAGCUGCGGCUCGUUGA